ACUUUGUUUGCAGGCAAAGAUGUGAAACAUUAUAACCUGUUUAUUCGUCUGGUGUAGUGCAAAGAUAAUUUGACGUUUAGGGUAGAAGUCAGUUUUCAUUAUAGCGUGAGGCGUGUGGGGAGUGAAGGAUGAUAAGGUAUUAGUAAUAGGAAGGUAAGAUUAAAGCCAAGAUGGCUGAGUUUGUGAGGGGUGGACCGGCGACGGGGAUAAUUCUGCCGAAAGAAAAGCUUCAGGGUUCCCCUAGCACAGGGAGUGAUGAAGGACACGACGGUGCUAUUGGGGAGGAGUUCGAUCCUUUUUUGGGAGACGCCGAAGAAGCUGAAGGUGCUAAUGUGUCAACGGUAGUAGCACCUCCUGAAAAUUUAUGGUACCAUGGACGGCUUGAUCGGUAUACAGCCGAAGAACGUCUAUGGCAAGCAGCAAAAAUGGGAAGUUACCUUGUUCGUGAAAGUGACAGAAAACCAGGGUCGUAUGUGUUAUCGUAUCUUGGUCGAACAGGAAUCAAUCACUUUAGGAUAACUGCUGUCUGUGGUGAUUUCUACAUUGGUGGUAGGCAGUUCGAUUCACUGUCUGAUCUCAUAGGUUACUACACAAGCUGCUCAGACCUUUUGAAACGCGAAAGGUUAAUGCAUCCUGUUCCACCACCUGAACCAGUAAACGAUAAGAAAAGAAUUGUUGCCAUUUUACCAUACACCAAAAUGCCCGACACAGAUGAGCUAAGUUUUCAGAAAGGUGAUAUAUUUUUUGUCCAUAAUGACAUGGGAGAUGGAUGGCUGUGGGUAACGGCACAUCGGACUGGCGAACAGGGAAUGAUUUUCCGAGAUUUGGUUGAAGACUUGGAUGAAAAUAUUGAUCCAAAUACUGUUUUUAGUUGGUUUCAUCCGAAUGUUACCAAAAGUGAAGCUGUUGAUAUGCUUGUUAAAGCUGGACCGGGAAGCUUCCUUGUUAGACCAAGUGACAACUCACCUGGAGACUAUUCUCUGUUCUUUCACAUCAAUAAUCAGAUUCAAAGAUUUCGUAUUGAGAAGAAGGGUGUUCGAUAUUUGAUGGGUGGCCGUACAUUUGAAUGUUUGGAUGCUGUCAUAAACAGAUAUAGAAAGGAACAGAUUGUGGAAGGCCACACGUUAGUUAUGGCUGUGAGUAGGAAUAUGGAUGGAGAUGGAACAAUAAAAUCAAAAGAAGUACAGCAUGCUGAGAAGAUUUAUGCCACACUUCGUGAAUGCAGGGAACAAUCGGGGGUGAAGAAAAAUAAAGGCAUUAAAAUGCAGGGUUACCUCAACAAGAAGAGUGAGAAAAACAAGAAAUGGAAGUCAAUGUAUUUUGUGUUAUUGGUUGAUGGAACUGAUACUCAUUUAUAUUUUUAUGAUAAUCCAAAGGUGCUGGAAUCCCUGGCAAUGGUGUCGGAAGCAAUAGACAAACUGUUGGUUCAGCCACCAAGGACGGAUGCCCUCACCCGCACGGGAAUGGAGAAGCAGCAGCAGCAGGUGACAUGGUGUCCAAUGCAGACUGGCUCAGCUGAGGCAAUGCUGUGA